AUGGCUCGGACCAGGGACUCGCGCUCACCAUCGCCUGCAGGAAGCCAACACAAUGCGAGACGCCCCCGUAAAGACGAUGACAGGCGCGAUCGGGACCGUCGCGAUGACGGCGGCAGAGAAUACCGUCGUCGUUCGCGGUCGAGGAGCCCUGCCGACGUGAGAAGCCACCGCUAUGGGAGACGUGACGAGGAGCAUUCUGACAAGUACCACGAGCAGCGCCGAUUCCGAGACCGCGACCGUGAUCGCGACUCUUUCCGGCGCAGAGAUCGCUCCGUAGACCGAAGAGACGAUUCCUACCGCGGAGGUCGCCGAGACAACGACCGCAACAGAGACCGCAGGAGGUCCCGGGACAGAUACGCCGAUCGCGACCGCUCUUUGGACAGACGGCGGCCCCGCGAUGGCGACAGGGAUCAUCGCCCAAGGAGGGACGACUCUAGAGAUCGAGUUCACGCGAGGCGAGAGGGAACUGCUGACUCCCGCCCCCGCAGCAGGCGCGAUGACAGCCGUCCGCGCGGUGCGGCGCUUUCAGAGAAUGCCAGCGCUCCCGUUAACGAGGCUACCAAGCCCAAGCCCGCCCCAGCUCAGACCGAAGCUGACAAAAAGGCCGAGCGACUUGCCAGGCUCGAGGCGUGGAAGAAGAGCAGGGAGACCAAGGCCAAUAAAGAGAAUGAGGUUAAUCCAAGUCAGACUAGGAAUCUCCUCGCAGAGAUGGACAGAAAGUCCGUGCCGUCUCCGGCCCCCGCCUCGCCAUCUGUUGCCUCACCAGCCGUUGCAUCACCCGGAGCAGCAUCGCCUGCGCCCACCCAGACUACUGCGUCGGGAGCCGCCUCGCCGGCCCCUUUUGCGGGCAAGUUUGACCCCAAGGCCAUCGCGAAGAAAUCCGCGGCGUCGCACAAGAGUUCUGGUACAAAUGGUGUACUGGGUUCGCUUCAGGGUCGCCCUGAAAAGUCGAUUGCGCCUGUCGCACCAAUCACCAAAGCUUCGGCACUGCCUGCCAACCGCAACGUGAGUGCUUUCGGCUUCAGCAAGGCGACGGCCGAUAGCGAGAAGCUUGCAAACAAACGCAAGCUGGACCUCGACGAGGAGGAGGGAACGAAAAGGAAACUCACGAAGUUGCCCGCACUUCCCCUCGAGGCUGAUGACACCCCCUAUGCUGAUCAAGACGAAGAUGACGAGUCUGAUGGUGGCAACUUUGCCGAGACUGAGGAAGAGGCUGCUGCCGCCGCUCGCGCAGCACACGAGCGGCGCGAGAGAGAGCUGCAAGAGCAAGAAUCGCAAGAAGAGGCGAAACCCGAUGUAGACAUGCAAGACGGUGCACUGCUGCAAACCAAUGAUACCGCCGAAGAACCUGCAGCCGAGCAGAUGGAUGUCGAAGAGGAAGAUGACGUUGAUCCUUUGGAUGCGUUUAUGGCUGAUUUAUCAGACGCCAAAGCCAAACCCACGGAUCACAAGGCAAGUACAUCAUCGAAGAAGGCCCAAGAGCCAGAGGCGUACUUCAGUGACGAUGAGUAUGCUUUCAAGACAGAAGACGGCAAGGAUCCAAAUGCUGUUCUUGCCAUGGCAGCGAAGCGCAAGAAGAAGGACAUCCCUACCGUCGACUACAGCAAGCUUGACCUGCAUCCCAUUCGCAAGAAUUUCUGGGUUGAACCAGCAGAGCUUGCCGCCCUGACCGAGGAGGAAGCCAACGAGCUCCGUCUGGAACUUGACGGCAUCAAAGUCUCUGGGAAGAACAUCCCGAAGCCCGUUCAGAAAUGGGCGCAGUGCGGAUUGACACGCCGCACUUUGGAUGUUCUGGCAGACAUGGGAUUCGACAAGCCGACUUCCAUUCAAAUGCAGGCUCUCCCCGUCAUCAUGUCAGGGCGCGAUGUGGUCGGUGUUGCCAAGACUGGAUCUGGUAAAACGCUUGCCUUCCUUCUCCCCAUGUUCCGCCACAUCAUGGACCAACCUCCCCUCAAGGACACAGACGGUCCCAUCGGCCUUAUCAUGACGCCCACCCGCGAGUUGGCUGUCCAGAUCCACCGCGAUUGCAAGCCUUUCCUGAAGGCAAUGGGCCUGCGAUCUGUUUGCGCCUACGGUGGAGCGCCUAUCAGAGAUCAGAUUGCCGAGCUCAAGCGCGGGGCGGAAAUCGUCGUGUGUACUCCUGGCCGUAUGAUCGAUCUAUUGGCCGCCAAUCAGGGUCGCGUCACGAACUUGCGUCGUGUCACAUACGCAGUGCUUGAUGAGGCAGAUCGCAUGUUCGACAUGGGAUUUGAGCCUCAAGUCAUGAAAAUCUUUGCAAACAUUCGUCCUGACCGGCAAACCAUUUUAUUCUCGGCAACGAUGCCUCGCAUUAUUGACUCGUUGACGAAGAAGGUUCUUAAGUCUCCGGUCGAGAUUACAGUCGGAGGCCGCAGUGUUGUCGCAUCGGAUAUCACGCAGGUCGUGGAAAUUGUCCCCGAAGACCAGAAGUUCUACCAUCUCCUGGGACUGCUCGGCGAGCUUUAUGACAAAGACGAAGACGCACGAUCUCUCAUUUUUGUUGAACGUCAAGAAAAGGCUGAUGACCUGCUCAAGGAACUCAUGACCAAGGGUUACCCGUGCAUGUCCAUACACGGUGGUAAAGACCAGGUUGAUAGAGACUCGACGAUUUCGGACUUUAAAAAGGGUAUCGUGCCCAUUCUCAUCGCGACCUCGGUUGCCGCUCGAGGUCUCGACGUCAAACAGCUCAAGUUGGUUGUCAAUUUCGACUGCCCGUCCCAUUCCGAAGAUUAUGUCCAUCGUUGUGGACGAACCGGAAGAGCGGGUAACAAGGGUACUGCUGUAACCUACAUUACCGAAGAACAAGAGAGCUGCGCAUCCGCUGUUGCCAAGGCACUCGAGCAGAGUGGCCAACCUGUACCCGAACGCCUGGAAGAGAUGCGCAAAGCUUGGAAAGAGAAGGUUAAAUCAGGCAAGGCCAAGGAUACUUCUGGCUUUGGCGGCAAAGGUCUUGACCGACUCGACGCCGAGCGAGAAGCAGCGCGUCUCCGCGAGCGCAAGACUCACAAGGCCGAAGGCGAAGAUGACGAUGUCAAGGAGGAGAAGACCGAGGAGGACAAAGCCAAGAGCUCCGUCACUGACAUCCAGUCCAAGGUGUCGGCUAUUGUGUCACGCAAUACCAGCAAGCCCGAAGGCGACUCUAAGGGCAAGGACGCACCGGCCGCCACAGGCAAGGGGGGUCAACCUCUCGACAUGGUCAGUGCAGCGAUUAGGAACAUCAAUGAAAGACUCGGAAAAGCUGGGCAGCUUCGGUCAGGCCAGCCUAUCGACAAUAAGGGCCCCGACGCUGGUGCUUACCACGCCACGCUCGAGAUCAACGACUUCCCGCAGAAGGCCAGAUGGGCCGUCACGAACAGGACCAAUGUUGCAAAAAUUCUGGAGGCUACUGGCGUGUCGAUCACGACCAAGGGAACCUUUUACCCGGCAGGCAAGGAAGUGCCGGCUGGCGCAGACCCCAAGCUCUACAUCCUCGUUGAGGGUGAUACUGAGGUUGUAGUGGGGGCCGCCAUGACUGAGCUCACCCGAUUGCUCAGCGAAGGAACUGUGGCUGCGGCUACGGCCGACAGCCGUGCUCCUGCUUCCGGACGUUAUAAUGUAGUUUAA